CCUAUAAAACUAAGCAAUGCUUUUUAACUCGUCGGCUGACUGAUCCCUUAGAAAAAAAAUCUAUCAAUCCUUGGGUGGAGUUUUUUUCCCCCCGUCUCCACAAGGCAACUAUUUGCCCGGGACACGUACGUGAACCUCCUCAAAUUGGCGCACUAAUCCUAAAAGGAGCCAUGAAGUGUUAAACGGUAGAAACGGAGAGAGCGGCGCUCAGAUACCCGCACGCUGGGAGAGAGGGAGGAAACAGCGCUGCUCCAAUGCGUCUGUGCAACACAGACUGAAGAGAGAGAAAAAAAAAAAAAAACUUAUCGACUCACAAAACCUGAACCUGCGCUGCGCAAUUAGUGCGAGAAAAUUCACUUUUUCCUCCGGUUUUGAAGAAAAUAAAUAAAGAAAUCAAGCUGGCUCAGUGCGUGUCUCAGCAGCCCACUUUGACAGGUGCUCCUCACCCCCUUUGGAGGACUGUCAACAGCAAGAGGAUGGCAUCAGAGCUGGCAAUGAGCAACUCCGACCUGCCCACCAGUCCCCUGGCCAUGGAAUAUGUUAAUGACUUCGAUCUGAUGAAGUUUGAAGUGAAAAAGGAGCCGGUGGAGCCCGAUCGCAGCAUCAACCAGUGCAGCCGCCUGGUCGCCGGGGGAUCCCUAUCUUCCACCCCGAUGAGCACGCCUUGCAGCUCGGUUCCCCCUUCUCCAAGCUUCUCGGCGCCCAGUCCGGGAUCAGGGAGCGAACAGAAGGCGCACUUGGAGGAUUUCUACUGGAUGACCGGGUACCAACAGCAGUUGAACCCCGAAGCUCUGGGUUUUAGCCCGGAGGACGCCGUAGAGGCGCUGAUCAGCAGCAGUCAUCAGCUCCAGACCUUCGAUGGCUAUGCCAGAGGGCAGCAGUUCGGCGGCGCAGCCGGCGCGGGGGGCGCAAUGGCCGGGGAGGAGAUGGGAUCAGCGGCCGCAGUGGUGUCCGCGGUUAUCGCUGCAGCCGCAGCUCAGAACGGGGCUCCCCACCACCACCACCAUCAUCACCACCACCACCACACAGGGGCACACCACCCCUCCUCCGGGUCUCAGUCCAGCGGCGGCCGGGGAAACCACCAACACAUGCGCUUGGAAGAGCGGUUCACGGACGAGCAGCUGGUGACCAUGUCGGUGCGGGAACUGAACCGGCAGCUGCGGGGGGUCAGCAAGGAAGAGGUGAUCCGUCUGAAACAGAAGAGGAGGACGCUAAAGAACAGAGGCUAUGCCCAGUCCUGUCGGUACAAGCGGGUCCAGCAGCGGCACGUUCUGGAGGGAGAGAAGACGCAACUCAUGCAGCAGGUGGACCACCUCAAGCAGGAGAUCUCCCGGCUGGCCAGGGAGAGGGACGCCUACAAGGAGAAAUACGAGAAGCUGAUCAGCACCGGCUUCAGAGAAAACGGAGGAUCCAGCAGCGAUAACAACCCUUCUUCCCCGGAGUUUUUCAUGUGAGUCCCGGCGCUGAAAAGUUUUAAUAAGCGAACCUCACCAAAAAAAAAAAAAAAAAAAAAAAAAAAAGAGUUUGCGCGCAGCUAAAAUAGGUUGUGUGUGAUUGUGUUGAAGCUGCUUUUAGUUAAGGACUAAACCAGUUUUCCCCAGUUUGUGUCAUUUUAAAAGUAUAUUGUUUCAGAAACCCAGAUUUGUUUUGUUUUGUUUGUUUUUUACUUUCUAAAGAAUACAAAUUAGUAAAGGACUCUGGAUAAAAAUACAGUAUCCAUACAUUUUUUAAAGGAUUUCUCUCCACUUUGUGAUGUUUGCCUUUAUAGACACUGCAUAAACUUACCAUCCUGCUGCGACCGAUCGCAUAGCCUUCCUUCUGCGCCUCAUCCAUCCUGUUCCCUUUACACCCAUAUUUGUUUUGUGAAUUAAAACAAAGAACUUUUCAGACUCAACAGCUUUAUUUGAUGUGAUUUUGAUUUUGUUUGGUUGUUUAAAGUCACUCUGUUUUAAUAUGCUUUACUUCAUUUUCAUGUCAUUCAUCCUGUCUGAUGAAAAAUAUCCAAACUGCGCCAAAGUUUGGAGAGACUUGUGUGAGUUAUAUGAAGCCAUGCAUGCUGGUCAUGUACGGAUUGUUUGUUUGUUUUUUCUUCUUUUUCUGUUUUUGUUUUUUUAUUCUACCUUUUUGUGAACUUGUGUAUAAUUGUAUUAUACCGUGACUGCAUUGUUCAGUUUCACUAUCAUUUGGAUUCUUUUAAUUUGUAAAACAAGUGAACAGGGCUAUUUAUGCGCCUCUUUUCUUUAAUGAAAGUUCAUCGCGUUUUCGACCCUUUCAACAUUUUAUUGGCUUCUUUUGGAGCCUUGGGGGGGGGGGGGGGGGGGGGAGUGAAAGGGGACUUCAUGUAAAGCAACAAUGUGCUCAGUAUUGAUUUUUUUCUGUUAGGCAACAUGGCAUCAAGAUGAGCAGCAUCUGCAUAUUUACUAUAAGCAAUAAUUAUAAAAUUUCCAACACUAGCACUAAAAUUAUUGCGAUCAACAAGUGGAGCUGAAGAUAAAAACAGAGCAGAAGCAGAUUUCCUGAAAAUAUGUGGAGGACAUGCUACUUUAUGCAACAAAUGAUCUUUUUCUUGUAGAAAUUCACUGUUCAUGUGCUUUCCUUUUAUUUAAGGAGGCUGAUUAAGUUCACUCGGAGCCCUGUGGGUCUUUUUUUCCCCCUCUUUAUUUUCUGGUAAACAUACUGUGAACUGUUUGGAAAUUGAAGUUUAAGGUUCCCACCGGUGUUGCAGAAUAUUUAAGGAAAAGCAUCAAGCAGCCAUUCGUCUUUUUGUGACGCCCUGAUUUUCUGUUCAGUUAGAAACUGAACGGGACAGGUAAAAGGCACACGCCCUGUUCACUUUAAAAAGCUGAAUCUAAUAAAUGUUACCAUUCGUCAAUAAACCUCCAUGAAUGGAAACAAAUGCA